AUGAAUCCUGGAGAUGGUGUGAAUAUGGGGCCUCAAGGCCCUCCUGGCGCCUCGAGCUCUGGGGAUGGCGGUGCAAUGGCCGAGCAGGUGGAUCGACUUGUUCGGCAGCGGCUUGAGCAAGCCUUCGAUGGUGUUUUCGGAAGGCUGCUGCGCACGACAGAAAAAGCUGCAGCUGCUGCAGAGGCCCAGGCCUCGAUUGUCAAGUCAGACAAUCUUGUCAAAGCUUUGAAGGUUGAAGCUUGGAAGCCAGCAACUCGUGAGGAGGAGCUGAAGACAUGGAAGGAAUGGUAUUUUCAAUUUUCAACUUGGGUAAUUGCCAAUGACCCCAAGUACGAGGACGAGCUGAGCAGCAUCGAUGUCAAUGACCCCGUGGACCACGACCUCCUUGAGGAUGAGAGCGUGGCGAGAAGUCAGAAGCUGUAUGGUGUCCUGUGCAGCCUUGUCAAGGGCAGGCCGUUGCUCUUGAUCAAGAAUCUGGAAAGCAGCCGCAGCGGGUUUGAAGCAAUCCGUCUCUUGAAGCAGGAGAUGGAGCUGCGGGAGAAGGCCAGAAGUCUGGCCCUCAUGAGGCAGCUGGCCUCAUGGCAGUUUUCAACGACUGGAGGCCUGCACGAACAGCUGGUGAAGUACGAAGAAGCUCUUCGUACCUACGAGGCAAGCAGUGGCAAGUCCUUCCCCGAAGAUUUGGUCAUGGCAACAGUGGUCACCGGCUUGAAAGAACCCUUGAAGAGCCAGGUUCAACUUCGAAUGGGCUCCUCCACAAAGUACAGCGAUGUCCGAGAAUGGAUCCUCCAGUAUGAGAGCUUGAAUGCCCCUUGGAGCUCUAGUCUUUCAGUUCGAGCUCCUGGCGGUGAUGGCCCGCAACCUAUGGAGGUUGACCAGGUGAAGGCCAAGGACAAGGACAAGGGCAAGGCAAAGGACAAAGGAAAGCGGUCCAAGGGCAAGCCAAAAGGAAAAGACAAAGGAAAGUCAAAGACAAAGAAUGUGGACGGCAAGGGCUGGUCUUGGCCUGGUUCUGGAAAAGGAUGGGGUUCUCAGUCUUGGUCUGGGAAUUUUGGAAAGAACGCAGGCGGCAAGACCAAAGGCAAGAAGAACAACGAUUCUGCUUGCCAUUUGUGUGGCCAAGUGGAUGAUGACGACCUGGCAGGGUUCAGCCUUACUAGCCCAGACGUCCUUGUCAUCAAGGCAACUUCAGAAGCUAAUCACCCUGCUCCCCUGCCUGUGCAUACAAUGAACGCCACGGAUGACGAUGGCGAUUGGACCUUCCCCGACUACAUGACCCUGGACAACUUUCUUCCAGUUGGCGUUCUUGCUGUCCAGUCCCAGGGUCUCUGCCACGAGAAGGUCGAGGUUGUGGUCGACAGUGGUGCCGAUGUGUCCGUUGCGCCCUUGAAGUACCGCAACGUUGGCAAGCCAGCUAAAAGGUCCCAUGUUGUCACGCACGAUGCCCAAGGCAAGAGAAUCCCUGAGACCCAAAGUCGUGUCAUUGACAUCGAGGUUGAAGACGAGCAGGGUGAGAAGGUCACCAUCCGUGAGAAGUUUGCCAUUGCGAAGGUGGGUUCAGUUAUUCUUUCUCUAGGCCGUCUUCUUCGAUGGGGGUGGCAACUUGGUCAUGGACCCAAUGGACCUGUGAUCACCAGGGGCAUGUGCAAGCUCCCCAUUCACCUUCGGAGGAACACCUUGACAAUGCUUGCCGUUAUCUCAACGAUCACUGCCUGCUCCGUUUCAUCGUUUGACACAGGGAGUCUUCCUCCUGAAGUUGAAGAUUGUGUUGCCUUGCCAGGGUGGCACAUUGUUCCCAGCAGGCUCCCUGUGAAAGUUCAGCACUCCACCUCUGAGAUCGACCUCGACGAGUACAUAUGGAGCGCCCAAGAUUGGCAGUGGGCAGCGGUCUUUGUGAAGGUCGAAGAGUCCAAGGGUGUCCCCCACGUGGAGACCUAUGGGUGCAAGUCGCUGCCAUGCAAAGACCUCUUGAGCUCCCCUGGCAACAUCUUCAAGGAGCCCGUUGACGAGUCAAUGGAUCCAAUGCCAGAUGGUGAGGAGCUUGAAGGGGUGAGACUUUGCCUUGACACCCCCCUCAAGGACCUCCGAGAACUUUGCAAGAAGUUAGGCCUCCCCACCAGCGGUGCCAAGAACAAGCUGCUCAGGCGGCUUCGUCUCCACCAUGAGGUCCUCGAGAAGCAGAUGACCACAGAAGUUGCCAAGAAGAUGUUUGAGGAGCAGCAACGUGAUCCUGACACCCCUCGGGCUCCUGUUCUACCUUCUGCUCGACAACAAGAACUUCACUCUGUGACCCACCAACCUUUUGCACCAUGGUGUCAAGCCUGUGUCCUUGGGCGUUCCAAGCAGUCGCCCCACACCAAAGAUAAGCCACCAGAGGGUGAGGAUGUCAGUGCAGUUCGCAACGUUCCGAAGAUCCAGGUCGACUACUGCUACACCUUCACGAAGGAAAAGCAUGAGCGUGAAGCUCCACCUGCUGAGGGGCACGAUGGUCAAGCCAAUGACCCUGAAGCAGCUCAAGACCCAGAAGGCGUGGACAAGCCGAACAUGAAGGAUCAAUAUGGUCUCAGUGACAAGGGAAAUAAAUAA